ACUGGGCAUGUAAGCCAAUCACAGGCUUUUGCGCCAAGUUCAUUAAUAUUAAUGAGACGCAGUAGUCUGACCAGAGACACUCCAGCACGCAGGCCCUCCCUCCGCGGCACUGCUGCUUCCAACAACAAGCAGAAGCCAGCAACAUGGCCGACCUAGGAAAGAAGUACUGCGUAAACUGCCUUGCAGACGUUACGAACCUGCGGCUUCGCUGUACUGACUGUCCAGAUAUCGAACUUUGUCCGGAGUGCUUCUCCGCGGGUGCAGAAAUCGGUAAUCACCGGCGAUGGCACGGUUAUCAGCAAGUCGACGGCGGGCGCUUCACCCUCUGGGGUCCCGAAGCGGAGGGAGGAUGGACUAGCAGGGAAGAGCAGUCGCUCCUCGACGCGAUCGAGCAAUAUGGCUUUGGAAACUGGGAGGACAUGGCCACUCAUGUAGGGGCAUCUCGGACCCCCCAGGAUGUCAUGGACCACUACGUCGGCAUGUACAUCCAUGGCAACCUGGGAAAGGCCUGCGUCCCCGACAGCAUCCCCAACCGGGUGACGGAUCACACCUGCCCCAGCGGCGGCCCCCUGUCCCCCAGCCUCACCACCCCCCUGCCUCCCCUGGACGUGACCCUGGGCGAGCAGCAACAGCUGGGCUACAUGCCGCUCCGCGACGACUAUGAGAUGGAGUACGACCAGGAGGCGGAGAAGCUCAUCAGUGGCCUGUCGGUCAACUACGACGAUGAAGACGUGGAGAUCGAGAUGAAGCGCGCGCACGUGGACAUGUACGUGCGCAAGCUCCGCGAGCGCCAGCGCCGCAAAAAUGUGGCCCGCGACUACAACCUGGUGCCCGUCUUCCUAGGCCGCGACAAGAAGGAGAAGCAAAGCACGCUGGGAGUUGUAGGUGGUGGUGGUGGCGUCGUCGUCGGAGUGGUGGGGAGCCUUCCGACGCCAACCACCCCCGCGGUGACGCCGGGAGCUCCAGCCGUCCCGACGGUGCCGAAGCGUAAGAUCCCCAAGGAGGAGAAAGAGCAGCGGAUCAAGUUACGGGGGAUGUGCCAGUUCAUGGCUCAGCGGGAGUUUGAGGACUUGUUCCACAACAUGCACAAGGAGCGCGUGCUGCGCGCCAAAGUACGGGAGCUGCAGCGCUACCGCCGCAACGGCAUCGCGCGACUGGACGAGGCGGCCGAGUACGAGGCGGCAAGGCACAAACGGGAGAAACGCAAGGAGAACAAGAGCGUAGCUACCUCGAAAACGGGCCGGGGCGGAGGGACAGGGGGAGGGCUUGGCGGAGGGACAGGAGUGGGCGGCGGUGUUAUCAAAGAGGAGGGCAAGGAUGGCGAGUUCCCGGCCAUAGAGAACCUGGCGGGCUUCGAGCUGCUGUCAGACCGGGAGAAGGUGCUGUGCAAUUCACUUAACCUCAGCCCCACGCGCUACCUGACUGUCAAGACAAUCAUCAUCAAGGACCACCUACAGAAGAGCCAGGGCAUUCCCUCCAAGAGCCGGCUGCCCAGCUACCUAGACAAGGUGCUCAAGAAACGCAUCCUCAGUUUCCUCACAGAGAGUGGCUGGAUAUCCCGGGACACAUCCUAACAAUCCAUUGAGUUUGUAGGGUCUGGGACGCGUCCUAACAAUCCAUUGGGUUUGUAGGGACUGGGACGCGUCCUAACAAUCCAUUGGGUUUGUAGGGACUGGGACGCGUCCUAACAAUCCAUUGGGUUUGUAGGGACUGGGACGCGUCCUAACAAUCCAUUGGGUUUGUAGGGACUGGGACACGUCCUAACAAUCCAUUGGGUUUGUAGGGACUGGGACACGUCCUAACAAUCCAUUGGGUUUGUAGGGACUGGGACACGUCCUAACAAUCCAUUGGGUUUGUAGGGACUGGGACACGUCCUAACAAUCCAUUGGGUUUGUAGGGACUGGGACACGUCCUAACAAUCCAUUGGGUUUGUAGGGACUGGGACACGUCCUAACAAUCCAUUGGGUUUGUAGGGACUGGGACACGUCCUAACAAUCCAUUGGGUUUGUAGGGACUGGGACACGUCCUAACAAUGUGUAUGGAGUUUGUGGGGACUGGGACACGUCCUAACAAUGUGUAUGGAGUUUGUGGGGACUAAGGACACGUCCUAACAAUGUGUAUGGAGUUUGUGGGGACUAAGGACACGUCCUAACAAUGUGUAUGGAGUUUGUGGGGACUAAGGACACGUCCUAACAAUGUGUAUGGAGUUUGUGGGGACUAAGGACACGUCCUAACAAUGUGUAUGGAGUUUGUGGGGACUAAGGACACGUCCUAACAAUGUGUAUGGAGUUUGUGGGGACUAAGGACACGUCCUAACAAUGUGUAUGGAGUUUGUGGGGACUAAGGACACGUCCUAACAAUGUUUAUGGAGUUUGUGGGGACUAAGGACACGUCCUAACAAUGUGUAUGGAGUUUGUGGGGACUGAGGACACGUCCUAACAAUGUGUAUGGAGUUUGUGGGGACUAAGGAUUGCAGAGGGACAAUGUGUAUGGAGUUUGUAGGGACUAAGGACACGUCCUAACAAUGUGUAUGGAGUUUGUGGGGACUAAGGAUUGCAGAGGGACAAUGACUCUUGUUCUCUGUUGGAUUGUUGCGUCUCUGUGUCUUGUUAUAAACAAUGGGAGAUGUGUCGUAAGCUCCAGAUUGGACCAAGCUCAAUUUUACCACCUUUUGUCAAGUUCUGACCCAAGUCGUCGACCACCGGACUGUUUGUGAAUAUGUAUAAUAUAUGCAAAAGAUUUCCUCUUUCUUAAAAAAAAAGUUUGGAUACCAUUUACUGGAGAACGUGGAACAAAUAUAUAUUUUUGUAUUUGCAUCCAUAUGAAUGAUAAUGUAUGGGUAGAUGAUACAUUCUCUUUAUUGCAGUGAAGGAUCACCUAAGACUACUGGGCAAACCAGACAACACUGGUUUUCAAAGCGGUUCUCAAAGUAUAAAUAGUUGGUCCCAGAUCAGUUGGUGCCAUCUUGCCAACUCUUAUGGUCAUUGGCAAGACGAUACAAACAGAUCUGGGACCAGGCUAGCUUCCUUUUAGGUUAGGAUGUUGUCUUGGAGAGCACAGGUUAGUGCCUAUUCAAACAGUAAUACAGCCGCACUGUGUUGGAAAGCAGGGGUUAUCAUCAUCAUUCUUACCAUGAAGAGAUGCUAAGCAUAGAGGGGUCAGUAUUUGGCAGCUAACGCUUUCAUAAAGCACUGCGGUAAUCCCCAUUAUGACGCUGUAGCUUUGUGGUGUUGUCAGGCUCAGAAUGUGGCACUGUGAGGGGAGUAGAUAAGCCUAACUCCUCCAUACUAUUCUGUUCCACACGUUGCACGUUUUCUGAUUCUAGUAGGCGGUUCACUCUACUCGACUUCUAAAGAAAAUAAAAAGCUUUAAAUAUCGGCAUUAACCAAUGACAUGCGAUCCUAAAGCACAAAUCAAAAAUGUUGCAUAUCUAUUUUUUUCACCCCCGGUUAAGUUUGCCUGCCCCUUGUUUGGAGGGGCGUUGUGGGGUUAACGGUGUGUCGUCCUGCCAGACUGGUUUUAGCCUUUGCCUACCCCUUGUUUGGAGGGGCGUUGUGGGGUUAACGGUGUGUCGUCCUGCCAGACUGGUUUUAGCCUUUGCCUACCCCUUGUUUAGAGGGGCGUUGUGGGGUUAACGGUGUGUCAUCCUGCCAGACUGGUUUUAGCCUUUUGCCUACCCCUUGUUUGGAGGGGCGUUGUGGGGUUAACGGUGUGUCGUCCUGCCAGACUGGUUUUAGCCUUUUGCCUGCCCCUUGUUUAGAGGGGCAUUGUGGGGUUAACGGUGUGUCAUCCUGCCAGACUGGUUUUAGCCUCUUCAUGAAUACGCGCUGCAUGAUUAUUGUAUUGUGACUCGUUGCUCGCUGUUUAGUUUGCUACUGUUCCAUCUAUUCAAAGGGAGUUAAGUCAUCGUAAAAAAAAUGAUAUACCUACUACAUUUGCUUCAUCUAUCUUCCUGGUUCAGUGUUUUACAGUCACAUCGUUCAAUUAAGGCUAGUGCAGUGGUUCUCAAAGUAGGGGUUGUGAAACCGAAUGGGGAAAAUACCUGUUGUUGAUGUUUAGAACCACUGGGUUAGUGUUCACAUAUGGCCUUGCAAGAACACUAUCAAAGGGCAGAAAUAUUCUGGUAGAAGAGAAAAAGGACGACUGUCACAGUUGGUUUUAGACCUGGUUUUCCAUUUAUGUGAAAUGUGUCUGUUCCAAGCACGGGUGCUUUAAAAUGUCCCGUGGCACCUUCUCCCUCCGAUGUCCAGUUAGCCUGUUUAAAACGGAGGUGAACUUCAGUAGAGAUGUGGGGUGGGUUGUAUAGAAACAGUAUUACAUUAGACACUGUGAAAUAAUGUUGUGACUGCAUUCGUAUAGGCCUUAAUAUUAGCAUUCCAUCAUAGUACAUUUACCAUACCACAGAGGAAAUAAAUAUGCUCUAUUUUUCUUCCCCAUAAGCCUCUGAGUAUACGGACACUGACGAGGCCCCUUGGUUCUCCCAUCAUCUACUUGAAGAUGUUUUAUUUUUGUCCCAACAACUGGCGUAGUUCACAAUCAAAGACUACAUAUCUCCUUAUCUGGUUUAAGGUGAAAACAACUGUUCAAGGGUGUUAGUAUGUUCUGUAUUAAAAAUGAAAAUCCUUUAUACUGUA